CCUGGCACAUAAUGCCUACCUUUAAAAGUAAAAUUGUGUUGUUGUCACCGACUCUGUGUGCCUUAAUUCAUUGUAUAGGCUCGUGGGUGUGAUAAUUACCGAUGGCAAGAAUUCCCUUCAUCUUCCCUAAGCAUAUCUUUUUAAUCAUUCUCUUUGUUGUUUGUAUCUCUUUUUGGGUUAAUAUAUGCCAGUAUGCCCUAUGAUCAAUGCUUCACUUGUGUUAUGCAGAAAAGCCGCUUGGAUGUGGAGAGUGAUUUCAUGGUUAAGAGAAUGAAACUGGGGGAUGUGCAGAAGUCACAUGCUCUUGAUGCUAUUGUGUUGCCUGAGUCAACUACUAAUGAACUUCUUCAAGAAAUUUUAGAUGCUAAAAUGUUGAUCAAGAAGGAGGCGUUGCUAGAAAAGCUUAAAGAGAAGUUUAAUGCAGCAGAAGAAAAAACCAAAACUCUUGAUUUAUCAUUUGAAGAUUUUGGGGAAUCAACAAAGGAGGAGGUUGAAGCUUUUCAGGAAGCAUAGGAGGAACUAACAAAGAGAGAGAAAGAGAGUAAUAAUGCAGAAGCAGUCUACCUUUUGCUCCAUUAAUUUUUUAUUCAUUUACUUCUACAAUUAUCGUGUGGAAACUUGAAUUUAGAAAUUGAAGUUUAUGUUUCAGAAUAGGGUCCACUACGAAUAUGUUAUGAAAGAAAAGGUUCUUCCUCAAAUCAAUGAGGCAGAGGCAGAGGCAGAAUAAAAAGAAUCGUAUGGUUGAUAAUUAUGCCUUUCUAGAUAUACUAACCAAUUGUAGCCCAUGUUAUAUUUUGCAGCGUUGCAGGAGAGCUAUAGAAAGACUUUUUAACAUUUGUCCUGAGA